CAUCCAUUGUUAACCUGGAACCCAACUUGUCCCCAUACCCCAGAAACAAAGUCCCCGUGGCAAAAACUCUGCAAAACAUCGCAGACCGAUCCGUCUUUGUUUAAGUCCCUCCUUUCAGCAAUCGAAAGUUUUGACACUGCCUUUAUUAGGCCGUAGAUCCCUUGGAAAUCCCAUCCUGCCGCGUUUUCGACACUUUCACUCUUCCAGAUCGCGGAUUCUGAGACGUGCCUUUUCGGUACAGCACAUUCAUUUUUUCUUCUUCGAGAAGCCAGAUUUUUGAUUGAUUCGAUAUCACCGAUUAUCACCCACGAAUAUUCAAGAUGCAGAUCCGAUCUUUCCUCGUGGCCGCCCUCGCUGCUGGUACAGCUACGGCCCACAUGAACAUGAAGGACCCUCCCCCUCUAGCCUACAAGGGCAACCCGAACGCCAAGGAGCCGAAUAUCGAUUACUCCAUUACCUCUCCCAUCACCCAGGCCCAGUACCCUUGCAAGGGCUACCUGAAGCUUCUCGGCACUCCCGAAGGCGCAUCCGUGAAGACCUACGCUCCUGGUGGCCAGUACAGCAUGAGCGUCGAAGGAGGAGCCGCUCACAAUGGAGGAAGUUGCCAGUUAUCCCUUUCCUACGACAAGGGUACCUCGUUCACCGUCAUCAAGUCGUUCAUCGGCAACUGCCCUACGAGCUCCGGUGGUACCUUCAACUUCGGCAUUCCUUCCGACGCUCCUGAGGGCGACGACGUCGUCUUCGCCUGGACUUGGGUCAACCACACCGGUAACCGAGAGUACUACAUGUCGUGCGCUGUUGUUACUAUCAAGGCCGGUGCCACAAAGCGUGGCGAUGUUCCCACGAUUGAGGCGAAGCGCGCUACAACUGCUUUCGCCAGCCGUCCCAAGGUCUUCGAAGCGAACUUAGGAGGCCAGUACUGCACCAAGGAAGGUGUCGACACCGUCUACCCCGAGCCUGGUCCGGAUGUUGAGAACACUUCGACUAGCCCUGGCCCCGCCAUCCUCUGCUCUAGCGGCGCAGAUGUUCCGGCUGGUUCAAGCUCUGGUGGAUCUGGCUCGGGAUCUGGCUCCAGCGCUGGUGCAAGCUCUGCCGCUGCCACGUCCGCUGCUGCCACAUCCGCCGCAGCUACCUCUGCCGCAGCUACCUCCGCUGCAACUUCUUCCCCAGCCACGUCUGCCGCCGGUGGUGGUAUUCAGAUCUCAGCUUCAAUGUACGUAUCAAGUUCCUCACGAUCCACUCCAGCCUCUUCUGCUAGUUCAGCUACCAGUUCAGGCUCACCUGAGGUUUUGACUGUCAUCCCGAUUACCGGACUAACAUCUUCCAGUACUGGCGGCGUUUUCGUAACUGUCGCACCGUCCUCAACCGGAGCUGCUGCUACUUCAGCCCCCUCUCCUACCACUUUCUCUACGGCGACCAAGCCUUCGCAAAGUGUUGGAGCUGGUACCGGAGCAUCAUCCUCGGCUGCCGCUGGAGGAAACACUGGUUCGGCUACCACGAGCGCUAAGGCUCCCGUAGGCACCGGUGGCGCGGCUGGAACUCAAUCCGGCGCUUGCACUGACGAAGGCGCAUGGUCCUGCGCACCAGACGGCUCAUCCUUCCAGCGAUGCGCUUCCGGUCUAUGGAGUGCUGCGAUGCCUAUGGCCCAGGGCACUAAGUGCAGCCCCGGUGUUAGCAACACCCUUAGCUUGGCACGACGUAGCCGCGUUCGCCGCUCAGGCACCGGUCUCAGCCGCGUGGCAUUCUAAAGCAGCUCUCUUUGGACGUUCGUUGGACCGACGACAAGCAAGGGACUUUGAAGUUCUAGUACAUAUAAAACCUUGAGGCCGAGGGGACGGGAUAUCCUUCAGCCAACCUUUCUGCAUUGUACAUAU